CUUUUCUUUGAGGGUGUGCUGAUCUGUUACAUCCUUUCAAACUAUCAGUGAGACCUGAACAUGGCCAUCAACACGGACACCGACUUCCUGAAGUCCAACUUAAGUGAGGGUGGAAGGGGCACUCAGGCUGCGGACCCCCACGAGACGGAGAAACUCCUGGCGCUGACCACCGAGCCCGGAGGAAACGGGAUGAAGAUGUCCACCUCCUUCACGGUCAACAUGGACAGCGACAAGGGCCAGGAGGCCGACCUGAACGGCCACGGCGUCGCCGUGAGGUCGGGCUCUGCCGGGCAACUGGGCGCCGCCGCCCCUCUCUCCCCGUCCAAGGCCAGCCUGAGCCGCUCCGUCCAGGAAACCCCGAAGCCCAAGGAUUACCUCAUCCUUGUCAUCAUGUCCUGCUUCUGCCCCCUCUGGCCCGUCAGCAUUGUCGCGCUGGUGUACUCCAUCAUGUCCAGAAACAGUCUCCAGGUGGGGGACAUUGACGGGGCCAGGAGGCUGGGUCGACUGGCUCGCCUGCUCAGUAUCGUCUCCAUCGGCCUGGGCGUCGUCAUCAUCGUGGUCUUUGUCUCAUUUUCAGUAAAACACUGACGUGGAGGACCUGAGGGGGACAAAUUAACCGUGAAAGCCAAACCACAGAUGCAACAAAGAGG